AUGGUGGUGUACGGCGUCGAGGUUGCUAUGUGCAUGUCGAACUCGUCUCUGUCGUACGAGGUGCGCGCGUCGUUCUGCCGGCUCAUGCUGCACUUGCACGCCGACCGCGACCCGCAGGAGCCGGUCACGCCCGUCAAGUACGCGCGCCUCUGGACCGAGGUCAUCGACCGCAUACACAUCCACGAUUACCAAUGUGUGAAGGGGGGCCCGGACGCGAACAGAGAGAAGGUAAAGGAACAGUUCGCUCGCACGAUACGUUUCGUCGAGAAGUACCUCUGCAACGUGGUCAGCAGGACCUGGUACUUCAGUGACCACGACCAGAACAAGUUGACCUUCGAAGUGGUCAAACUUGCCCGGGAACUCAUUUACUUCGGAUUUUACAGCUUCAGCGACCUACUCCGUUUGACGAAGACUCUGCUCAGCAUCCUGGACUGUGUCACCGCCAUGGAUCUGCUCAACGAGACCAACGCCCUGUCCGGGGAGGUCGAAUCAACACAAGAGAAGGAGUCGCCACAGCCCGAGGGCGGUGUACUCAGGAGCAUAGGUGACAUGGGAGCCGUUAUGACUUCGAUAACACUCGGAUCUGUCGCUAGAAAUCAAGUGGGAGGUACCGCGACCACCCCGGGAACGGGCACCGGGCUGCAGAGAAGCGCCUCCGCCCUGAUGCUGGCCAGGGAACAUCCCCUCGUCAUGGACACGAAGCUCAAGAUCAUUGAGAUAUUGCAGUUCAUCCUCGACGUAAGACUUGACUACCGCAUCAGCUGUCUGCUGUCCAUCUUCAAGAAGGAGUUCGAGCAGGCCGGGGAUCAGCGCGCGGCCGACUCCCUGGGCCGGGCCGACGUGGAGGCCAUAGGGCUGCAGGCCGAGGGCAUCUUCAGCUGCCGAGCUGUACAAACUGUGCCAGAGAGCUGCCUUCCAAAAAAUGUAGAUUUGGACGGCUUAGACCUAGACGAAUGCGGGGGACGCAUGGUGUUACGCGUCCUCCUGCAGCUGUGCUCGCAGGGAGCCUCGGCGGCGCUCGUCUCCGGAGCCCUAGCGCUCCUGUUCCGACACUUCAGCCAAAGGCAGGAGGUUUUAGCUGCUUUCAAACAGGUCCAGCUCCUGGUUUCUGACGCUGAUGUGGAAUCGUACAAACAGAUCAAAGCGGACUUGGACUUACUGCGGCAGAGCGUUGAGAAGUCCGAGCUCUGGGUCUUUAAUAAGGGACGAGCUGUCUUACUCGAUGAACUUGCCGGUCCGUCGGGCGCGGUGGGGCCGGGCGGGGCGGUGCUCGAGCGCAACGCGUCGCUCGACAACGUUCUGGACACUUCGAGAACAGCCAAACACGACCACAACGAAUAUAAGAAGAUUAAAGAGAUCCUACAGCGCAUGAUCAAGUACUGUACGCACGGCAACAGCGGCGCCGACGACUGCGGCCGCCCGCGCCGCCACGAGCAGCGCCUGCUGCGCAACAUCGGCGUGCACAACAUCGUGCUGGACUUGCUGCAGGUGCCGCACGACGAGGACGACGCAGCGAUGGACGAGCUGCUGUCGCUAGCUCACGAGUUCCUCCAGCACUUCUGCCACGGAAACCAGCAGAACCAGACGAUCCUCCACAAACACCUCGACUUGUUCCUCAACGCGGGAAUCCGAGAGGCGCAGACGGUCUGCGCGAUCUUCAAGGACAACGCGUCGCUGUGCGGGCACGAGGGCAACGAGAAGGUGGUGGCGCACUUCGUGCACUGCGUGGAGUCCCGCGGCAGGAAGCCCGACUACCUGCGCUUCCUGCAGACCAUCGUCCACGCCGACAAGCAGUACAUACGGAAGAGCCAGGACUUGGUCAUGCAAGAGAUGGUGAACGCCGGCGAGGAUGUCUUGGUCUUCUACAAUGACAAAGUUUCGUUCAAUUACUUCAUACAGAUGAUGAAACAGUACAAAGAAAAAGGGGAAAUGCCCGAAGCUCUUACAUACCACAUCCAGCUCGUGAAGCUGCUGACGUGCUGCACCAUGGGGAAGAACGUGUACACGGAGAUCAAGUGCCACUCGCUGCUGCCGCUGGACGACAUCGUGUCCGCCAUCACCAACCCGCACUGCAUCCCCGAGGUGAAAGAAGCGUACGUGGGCUUCCUGAACCACUGCUACAUCGACACGGAGGUGGAGAUGAAGGAGAUCUACAGCAGCAACUACAUGUGGGACCUGUUCGAGCGGUCCUUCCUGCAGGACAUGCACGCCAUCCUGCAGAGCGGCGCCGCCUGGUCGGACGUGCCGUCGUCGUCGCACAAGCCGUCCACCACCAGCACGCACCGCGCCUGGGUCAACUACGUCACCGACGUGCUCAUGCACACCAUAUGCACGUUCUUCAACUCGCCCUUCAGCGACCAAAGCACAACCGUGCAGGACCUGGAAUACGACUGCACCCGUCAGUCGAUCUUCGUGAAGCUACUUCAGACGACGUUCAGUAUAUACCAGUGCCCGUGGCUCACGCCGCCGCAGAAGCUGAACGUGGAGAAGUGUAUACGGACGCUCAGCGAGGUCGCAAAAUCUCGCAGUAUCGCGAUCCCGCUGGAGCUCGAGGCUAAAAUACAGACCGUGUUCGAGAAGGCCGCCGCGCUGUCCCGUCAGACCAGCAAGUGGCUGCAGGCCUCGAAGACCUCGAAACUUGAGAAGAUGGCUUCGCAGUUGAACUUGCAGAACGAUAGGUCGGUGAUGGAGGGUCUGCAGGAGAUCGUGUCCCUGCUGGAGGAACAGCUCCGGCCGCUGCUGCAGGCGGAGCAGUCGCUCCUCGUGGACAUCCUGUACAAGCCGCACCUCCUGUUCACCAGCCCCGCCCAGCCCGACGCCAGCGGGAUCUUUAUAUCACGAUUAAUACGUCACACCGAGAAGCUUCUAGAAGAAAAAGAAGAAAAACUGUGCGUGAAAGUCUUACGCACGUUGAGAGAGAUGAUGGCCGUUGACCCGGAAUAUGGCGAGAAGGGCAACCAACUGAGGAACAAGUUGCUGUCUCAAUAUUUCGUGAACCGCAAGUCCGAGCCGAAGGUGCAGCCCCCGCCGCCCCCCGCCCCCGCCACGCACGGGCCCGGCGAUAAACAUCAUCAACAGCUGAAGCCAGCUAAGGUCUUGAUGCGGACCGGCCAAACUCUGGCGCAAGUCCAAGCACACCUGGACAAGGAAGGCGCCUCUGACCUGGUCGUGGACCUCGUCAUCAAAAGCACCAACCGCCCCGCCAUAUUCCUUGAGGCCAUACAGCUGGGAAUCGCUCUUCUAGAAGGGGGCAACCCUAUAAUACAGCAAAGCAUUUACACUAAACUACAAAACGGAGAAAUAUCUCAAGCAUUUUUGAAGGUGUUCUAUGAUAAAAUGCGUGAAGCACAACAAGAGAUCAGGUCGCUCGCGGCCAGCAGCACCACCGCCGCCGGCGCCGACAAGCAGCGGGCCCCGCACGCGGACGCCAAGAAGCCGCUUGAAAACGGGGUGAAGUCGAGUCCGGGGCCGCUGGUGGUGGGCGAGGAGAUGGAUGAGGAGGUGAACAGCGCGUGCGGCACCGCGGUGCACGCCUACUCCGACGUGCACACCAUAUCGCACGGUAGCACGGCGCUGGAAGAGAUCAUGUGCGAAAAGAAGCGGGAGUCCAGCAACUCGGACGUGCUGCCCCCCAAGGUGGCCGUCAUGAAGCCCAUACUCCGCUUCCUCCAGCUCUUGUGUGAAAACCACAACCCUGAUCUACAGAACCUACUAAGAAACCAAAACAACAAAUCGAACUACAACCUCGUGUCGGAGACGUUGAUGUUCUUGGACUGCAUCUGCGGCUCUACGACCGGCGGCCUCGGACUCCUCGGACUCUACAUCAACGAGGGGAACGUCUCCCUUAUCAACCAGACGUUGGAAACUCUUACUGAAUACUGUCAAGGACCGUGUCACGAAAACCAGAAUUGCAUAGCGACGCACGAGAGCAACGGGCUGGACAUCAUCACGGCUCUGAUCCUGAACGACAUCAACCCGCUCGGCCGGACGCGCAUGGACCUCGUGCUGGAGCUCAAGAACAACGCGUCCAAGCUGCUGCUCGCCAUCAUGGAGUCCAGGAACGACUCCGAGAACAACGCCGAGCGGAUAUUGUACAAUAUGAACCCCAAACAGCUGGUUGAUGUUGCGUGCUCAGCCUUCCACCAGGAGCACGGCGCGGACUCGGACUCGGAGAGCGAGGACGACGCGCCCGUGCAGGCCGUCUCCCCCAAGGAAGUGGGCCACAACAUCUACAUACUGUGCCACCAGCUGGCGGCGCACAACAAGGAGCUGGCGGCGCUGGUGCGAGCCUCGCCCGCCGGCCCGCACGCGCUCGCGCUGCAGUACUACCGGACUCACACGGCGCAGAUCGAGAUCGUCCGCACGGACAGGAGCAUGGAGCAGAUCGUGUUCCCGAUCCCGGAGAUGUGCGAGUACCUGCCGGCCGACAGUAAGCACAGGGUGCUGCAGAGCGCCGAGCGCGACGACCAGGGCAGCAAGGUCGCGGACUUCUUCGCGAGGCUCGACCACCUCUUCCACGAAAUGAAGUGGCAGAAGAAAUUACGAGGACAACCUCUUCUGUUCUGGGUUUCAUCUUACAUGUCGCUGUGGAGUAACAUAUUGUUCAACUUCGCCGUUCUGAUCAACGUCAUCGUGGCCUUCUUCUACCCGUUUUCAGACGAGAACCCUCGUCUGGGCCAGCACGUGUCGCUGGCGGUGUGGGCGGCGAGUGGCGCGGCGGGCGCGCUGGUGGCGUGGGUGCCGCGGGGCGCGGGGGUGCGCGCGCUGCUCGCCUGCGCCAUAGUGCGCCUGCUCUGCUCCGCCGGCCCCGAACCCACGCUCUGGGCGUUGGCUAUGCUCACGAUAAUAGUAAAAGGUAUCCAUCUAGUCAGCAUAAUGGGUAACCAGGGUACGCUGUCCAAGUCGACGCGCAACGUCCUCACCGACCCUGAGCUCCUCUACCACACCGUCUACUUGUUGUUCUGCUUUCUCGGGAUAUGCUGCCACCCGUUCUUCUUUUCUGUCCUGUUGCUGGACAUCGUGUACCGAGAAGAGACGCUGCUUAACGUGAUGCGGUCAGUGACUCGCAACGGGCGGUCCAUCCUCCUGACGGCCGUGCUGGCGCUUGUCCUGGUCUACAUGUUCUCCAUCGUAGGCUACAUGUUCUUCAGAGACCACUUCCUGGUCAACGUCGAUCGGUUGGACGACGACGACGACCCCCGCUUCGAGGCCGACAGCUGCGGGCGCGACCCCGCCGACAAGUACCGGGGGGCGGGCGGGUGCCGCGCGGCGCCGCGCCUGGUGUCGGUGGGGGGCGAGCUGCGGGAGCGGAGCUGCGACUCGCUGCUCAUGUGCAUCGUCACCACGCUCAACCAGGGCCUGCGCAACGGGGGAGGCAUCGGGGACAUCCUGCGGGCGCCGGCCAGCUUCGAGCCGCUGUUCGUGGCGCGCGUGGUGUACGACCUGUUGUUCUUCUUCGUUGUGAUCAUCAUAGUUCUCAACUUGAUAUUCGGCGUGAUCAUCGACACGUUCGCGGACCUGCGUAGCGAGAAGCAGCAAAAGGAAUUAAUACUUAAGAGCACCUGUUUUAUAUGUGGGUUGAACAGGUCAGCCUUUGACAAUAAGACAGUGUCCUUCGAGGAACAUAUAAAGAGUGAGCAUAACAUGUGGCACUACCUGUACUUCAUGGUGCUCGUGAGGGUCAAGGACCCCACAGAGUUCACCGGCCCCGAGAGUUACGUGCACUCUAUGAUAAAGUCCAACAACUUGGACUGGUUUCCGAGACUGCGGGCGCUGUCCCUGAUGGGCGGCGGCGAGGGCGAGGGUGGGGAGCUGGAGCUGCGCGCGCUGCAGGCCCAGCUGGACCGCGCGCACCGCGCCGUGGCCACGCUCACCGAACUGCUCACCGACCUCAGGGACCAGAUGACCGAGCAGCGGAAACAGAAGCAACGCAUCGGCUUACUGAACUCGACCUCGGCGUACCUCCAGAACUUGCAAUUGAACCUGCCACCGUGAGCGACACGCCGGCCCCGCCGCAGCGACGCACGACUCUCGACCUUAACUAUAUCAGCAUUGGAUCGAAAUUUGAACGACACUGGUUGAAUAUGUACACACACCUUCAAGAAUAUCCUUUACAAACAAAUCAAAUCACAUGUCGUCUUUUCGCAUUAAAACUGUAUAAUCUCAAAACUUACUAAUUUUACAGGAGAGUGUUUUAAAGGUUUUUU